AUGGCAUCCAAGGUCAUUCUUUUCGGCCCACUGAUCGCUGCGUUGAACACCGUUUAUGAUCGAGAACGAAGACAAAUAUUCGGAAGCCACGGCUUGGGCUUUUGUCAGAUUCGUCAGCGUAUGAGUAGGACAGUCGCAGGUCACGCUGGCAAACCCUUCUCAAUAGCCGACCAGACUCGAGCACCCCCGCAGCGCCCCGGCCCCCCUCGUCAACGAGGUGUUGGGCGAGAUCAUACGAUCAUCCUAGCCGAUCGGCGACCGCAGAGGGGCCGGGGUUCGACAACGGCUGCUGGCGGUGUUCUGGUGCUCGAGGGUCAGGCGGGGGCAGCGUCUUCGGAGUAG